AUAGGCGAACUGGGCAAAUUCCCCCUUGAGCUCCUUAGUCUUAUCGUGCAAUACACAGACCUCCUGUCUAUCUCCUCUUUGCGUCUGGUCAACCGGCGAACACGCCUCAUCGUCGACGAGUCUGUCCCGUACAAGUUCCUCGUGCGCCACAUCCCAAACACGCUUGCCUCGCUCAACUCUGCAGACGCCUCCCAGCACUUCACCGUCGCCCAGCUCUACAGCACGCUCUGCGCGCGCACCUGUGCGUUUUGCAAUGACUUCGGCACCUACCUCUGGGUCCCCGAGUGCGUCCGCUGCUGCUUCAACUGCCUUAACGAGAGCCCGCACCUCAUGCCACUCAUCGAGAGCGACGCGAAGAUGCUCUUCGGCGUGACCAAGAAGGCGCUGUCGGGCGUCCCUAGCAUGCUCUCGCUGCCGGGUACGUACGGCAUGGUCGAUCUGUACAACGGGCGGCGCUUCCGCCUCUACAGCCAGCGCCGCGUCGCCCGCGAGACGUUCAGCCGUCCGUCGCGGCGGGGCGUCAGCAAGUCGACGUUCUACACGAGCGCGCGGUUCAUGGCGGCCACGCCCCUCCCCUAUCUCGACCUCGCGACGAGGACGGCACACAGCGGGCUGAUCUGUAGGGGCUGCCAAAUCGCGAUGAUACGCUCGAGACACUUGACGGUGACGCAGUCGGUGGCGAUGAGCUUCGUCCGCAAGCAGGCGCAGAUGUGGUUGGAGGACGACCUCUUUGCGCAUUUCACGGAGUGUAAGGACGCCCAGGACAUCUGG